AUGUCUCUCUCGAUACCUAAUGCCCCCAACGCCGGCUUGUUCAAGCAAGGCUACCAAAACUACGACGCCGAAGAUGGCGCUGUUAUUCGCAACAUCGAUGCCUGUCGGACGAUUGCCCAGACGGUCCAGACUUCUCUGGGUCCCUAUGGCCGCAACAAGAUUGUUAUCAACCACCUGCAAAAGAUGAUCCUUACCUCGGAUGCGGCAACCAUAUUGCGCGAACUCGAGGUCGUACACCCCGCGGCCAAGUUGCUUGUUAUGGCCAGCCAGCAGCAAGAGGCGGAGAUGGGUGAUGCGACCAACCUGGUUAUUGUAUUGGCUGGUGAGCUGCUGAAGAAGGCAGAGGAGUUAAUAAGAAUGGGCCUCAAGACAAGCGAUAUUGUUUUGGGCUACGAAAAGGCACAGCUUGCGGCUCUUGAGACACUGGAGCAAUUGGUAUGCGACAAGGUCGAAGACAUCCGGUCACAAGAUGAGCUCAGCAAAGCGAUCCGCACCGUGGUUGCAGCCAAACAAUCUGGCAGCGAGGACUUCCUUGCCAACCUCGUCGCCGAAGCCGUUCUCGCCGUCCUUCCUAAGAACCCUGCCAACUUCAAUGUCGACACGGCGGAGGAGCAGCAGGUGGAGCAGAUCAUCAAGGAGCUCUACGACUCUGGAAUGCGCGUCGUCGUUGCCGGAUCUACCAUUGGCGAACUGGCACUACACUACCUCAACCGCUACAACAUCCUCGUCAUCAAGGUUCUCUCCAAGUUUGAGCUCCGCCGGUUAUGCAGAGUGGUUGGUGCUACGCCGCUUGCUCGCCUUGGUGCCCCCAUGCCAGACGAGAUGGGCACUAUCGACGUUGUUGAGACCAUGGAGAUUGGUGGUGACCGCGUCACCGUGUUCAGACAAGAGAACGAACAAACAAGGACGGCAACUCUUGUGCUACGUGGUGCCACACAAAACCAUCUCGAUGACGUAGAGCGAGCAAUCGAUGAUGGUGUCAACGUAGUCAAGGCCAUCACGCGCGACGCUCGAUUAGUACCCGGCGCUGGAGCCACUGAGAUGCAACUUGUCGAGAAGAUCAAGGCCAUCGCAGAAAAGACACCGGGCUUGGCACAAUACUCCAUCCGCAAGUAUGCUGAAGCUUUCGAGGUGAUUCCACGAACACUCGCUGAGUCAGCUGGUCUGGACGCGACCGAGGUACUUGCCAAAUUAUACGUUGCACACGCCGCACAGAAGGGCCGGAAAGAUGAUGAGUGGACGGUUGGCGUCGACAUUGAGAAUGAAGAUGGUUCUGGUACCCUGGAUGCCAAGGAGGAGGGUAUUCUGGAUCUGUGGGUCAGCAAGAUGUGGGCCAUCAAGUUGGCGACCGAGGCAGCCAGGACAGUGUUGAGUGUGGAUCAGAUCAUUGUCGCCAGGCAAGCCGGUGGACCCAAGAUGCCAGGAAAGGCACAGCAGGGCAACUGGGACCAGGACGACUAGAGUAGAGUUGCUGGGAGGAAACACACAUAACGACAUGAAAUAGAGUCUAUGCUAUUGCAGCAUGGAAAGAAAUCAACUCUUAUACGUCUCCUC